UAGUAAUGAUGGCGCACUUGCGAAAGGUGGAUAGGUUUCUCUAAAAAAGUUUGUUUUGUGCGGUGAAGUGAAAAGGUGGAUAUCUUGAUGCCGUACCGCAGGCGUUGCUCCGUCAAAAUGCCGGAUUUCGAUGACGAUGUGACCGUCGUUGAUGUGUACGAUUUGGCUUCAGACAUUGGAAAGGAAUGUGAAAUAAUUAUCGAGAAGUACGGCCCUGAGGCUGUUACUGCACUUCUGCCGAAGGUGAUAAAUGCUCUAGAACUUCUGGAGAACUUGGCAGUACGCAACGAAAAAGAGAACCAGGCGUUACACGAAUUGACAGCGAAAAUAUCCCAGUUAGAAAACGACAAGAUCGAAAAGGCAGAAUACAGACAACGAUUCGAAAAGGAAAUAGAAGCAAUCGAGGAGCAAUGGAGGACGGAAUCGGCCGAGUUGGUCACAGCCGUCGCGAGGCUGCAAGAUGAGAAUAAACGACUCCGUCGCACGGUCAACUCGCCUGCGGACGGUGAGUUUGGAAAAUGUACAAGCGCGCCGCCGUCACCGGCGCGGGAGCACGAUCAAGAGGUGCUGUCGAGGCUCAGCAGCACGGCCGAGAAGCAGCGCGCCACGCUCCGCCACCAGGAGCUGCAGUUGCAGGAGAAACAGCAACUCAUCGAUAGUUUGACGAAUCAAGUUGAGAAGUUGGCGCAGGUCAGCCGGGAUCUUCGUAGGAAGCAUAAGCAGCUACAAAAUCAGAUGCGCUUAGUUUGUGAAGAACGUACGGAGCUAUCGGCCAUCGUGCAAUCGCAACAGAGAGAUAUUGCCGCGCUACAGCAAGCGGACGCACAGAACAAGAAGUGCGCGUCGUGCGGCGUCUCGUUCCCGGAGGGCGCGGACGACGAGGACCAGUCGUCGCGGCCGACGUUCAGCGUGCGGGAGCUGCGCGCCAUCCUGCACGAGCGGAACGAGCUCAAGCUGAAGCUGAACCGCGCCGAGGAGCAGCUGCAGGCGCUGCAGGCGGAGCCGCAACCGGACAGCAGCGGCUCGGACACGUCGCCGUCGCUCGGCAGCGUGGUGGCGGACGACGAGGCGCCGGUGCAGGGCCCGCUGCCCGCGGAGCCGGACGACGCGCCGUGGAAGCGCAACAGCGGGAUAAGGAAGUUGUUCUGGCUGGCGACUUGGCGCGCUGAAGGCAGAAGGUCGCCGCCCCCAAGGAUCUCUUUCGGCCCUUGGUAUUAAUACCAAAAAGAUGGCAUAAAUUGCUGAACAACUGUAUAUUCAUGAAUCCAUCAUGGAAUGAGAGCUAAUAUCUUCGUUUAUUUAGAAUUUUGCAUCCAACGCAUAGUAACUAUUCGGUUGGGUGACAAAUCAAUAAUGGACUUGUUAACUCUAUUUCAAUACACAGUAUAAGUGUGCCAUCUUCGAAGUUUCUGGAAUAAUUUAAAAGAAUUUUAAUACAUACUCAUUACACUACUUUUAAAUGUUUUAACAUAUCGACGUUCCAAGGUUGGCGUUUGUUUACACCAAAAACUAGUAUUCUUUCUCCAUAUAUAAUAUAUUUGCAUUGUCACACAAUCGUGAAAUGUCCACUCAUACAACAGAUAUUUAUAAGCAGUGUGUCGCUAGACGCUUUAAUUUCGUAUCAUACAGAUGCAGUCGAAUUAAUAAUAAUAUGGAAUAAUUUUAUAUAAUUAAUUUUUAAUUUAUUAUGGCCUAAUAAAUGUGAAUUCUUCAAAUUUGUUUUAUCAUUUGACCAUCAUAGAUUUGUAGCCAUUACUAAGUAUUAAGUUACCAAAUAUAAAAUCCAAUCCGAUUUAAAUUAAUUUCAAAAUUAUUUAUUUAUACUAUUCACUCUUCGUAACGGAAAAGACGAUUAGAUUAUAGACUAGAAGGUUAUAGAACAGUUCUUCCAUUCAUAUAGGAGGGUAGUUGUAAAAUGUCACAAAAACAUAACAAUAGAAACUCGACUAGACCAUGUGCCUCAUACAGUCUGUUAUCACAGUUUAUCUUAUAGUAUUUUGUAGGAAGUUAACGAUAGUUUAAGAAUCGUGCGGACCAUAAUGCCCGCUAGGAUAAGUAAAUGUAAUCAUUCCUAUGGCUUGUUUUAUAAAUCUGUUUGUCGUCUGUUUUACUAUGAACGUGGUAUAAACGCUGGCGGUUAUAACGUGACGUUGAAAACAUCGUAAUUACGCUGUUUUUCGGUUAGGUACACCUUUUGUUUUUUUUAAUGUUUGACCUUUUGCUUGAUGAAACUAUCAGUGUGAAUAUGAAUGCUAAUGAUAUUAAUUUGACACAUAAAUCGUAUAAAGACUGAAGGCAAGUUUUAUGAAAUUCGUUUUGCGAUUCAGUAAGACGUAUACACAAUGCGCGAUAAAGAUAGACGUUCCGAAAUAUAUGUUCCGUCUCUGUCUGGUAAUUAAUUGUUAUAAUGUAUCAAGGUGUACCUUCUUCUUCUAUUCUUCAAUGAUAUUUUAUCGACGACAGACAGAAGUUAAAAUGAGCAAUUAUCGUUAUUAUUAUACUUUAUAAUGGCAUAAUUCCUUCGAUGUCAUUAAUGCUAGUCACAGUACUACUGGGUACUAGAGUUAAGAAAUGUUUUGGCAAUAUGGCGACAUGUUGGUGUGUUUGUAUAUCAAUACAUAACACAUACAUAAAAAAACACGGUGAAACAGAUGUUUGGGUCUCUAAUAUGAGUUUUCUCACAUGAACUUACGCUAGUGACGACGCAUAAAGACUAACCCACAAAUGUAAGACGACUUAUGCAUUUUUUUCGCUACAUGAGUAGGAAAACAAAAAACGUCCUUUGUACGUAUGUUUGCAAGUAACUGACCCGGGUAAAAAUACAAUAUGACGAAGCAUAAAGGAUUAAUUUUUAACAGAAGUUUGUCUGACGUAUAGCUCCCCUGUUCAUAUCACGUAUAUUUAUUUCUCUCCUAGCUCCCAGUGGUGCUGUCAAAUGUAAUCCAAGUAUUUUAUAUCGUCGUCAGAUAAUGUAAGAAAACUCAUAGAUGAGACGGAAACUAAGAAAAACACACCAACAUGUCGCCAUUUUAGUUUAUCAAAUCACAAUAAUUAUUGGGUAUUUGGGAACAUCAACACAAAAAUCUAUCAUUUCAUUAUUCUUUUCAAUGUUAUGAAACUUCUAGAAUAAAACUGAGACAAUUUAUUGGUAUCUAAUUGUGAUUAAUGUUGACGGUGUCAAAAUUAAAAUAUGUUUAUAAUA